GCCUGGCUUGGCAUUCGAAGGCACUUGCUUCUCUUCGAUCGAAGGCAGUGGGAAGGCAUUAGCAGUCAGGCACAGUGGCUCAAAUCCAUUCUACUCAGUCUUGGAUUUGGAUCAUUGUCACUCAGCUGCGGAAUAUCAUCAGCCUUGCGCCUCCCUCAGACAAAGGUGGACCCAGGGAAAUGGGGUCAUCCAAGAUGCUGGUCGGGCUCCUCGCCCUCAUAGCGCUGGCCGUGGAGGUCACAUCACAGGAUUGCACCACAGCACUGAAUGAAUUUCCGCAAUUCUCUAUGCAAAAGGAUGCUCUGAUCUCAAGUGGAGUUGCAGAUGCGUUGAAGGGGAUGAACACUCUCACCUUGCUGCUGAUCAACAACGGUGCCUUCGGUGGUUACUUGGGUGGUCACUCAACCUACACUCCUCAAAUGGUCUCUGACGUGUUGAAGUACCAUAUUCUGUUGUCCUACUUCGACACCGAAACAAUAAAAACCGUAAGCACCAUGAACGACGGUGUCGUCACUACACUAUACCAAUCCACAGGGCGUGCCAACGGAAUGGAUGGAUUCGUGAACAUAACAGUGAGCCCAACUGACGGCGUGGUGACGAUCAAGCCUUCGAUUCCCGGAUCGACCACCCAAGCGACCGUGGUUUCAUACGUGAAGGCAGUCCCUUACAACUGCAGCUAUAUUGAGAUCAGCAACGUGCUCGAGCCUAUCGGCCUUGCUGCUGCACAGUUGGCUCCAACUUCUCCUCCCUCUCCUGCCCCUGUGGCAGUUCCUGCUCCGGCUACUGUGGCACCAACUACUGCCCCAAUCUCUACACCAACUACUGCUCCAGCCUCAGCACCAGUGGAAUCUCCCACCGCCGUUCCAGCUUCAGCACCAGUAGAUGCGCCAGCUUCAGCUCCAUCGAAUGCCCCGGUCGAUUCCCCAGUGUCGUCGCCACCGGCCCCCGUCGAAGCUCCAGCUGAGACCCCAGUGGAAACCCCAUCGGAAACCCCAGUGUCGACUCCCCCUGCUGCUUCCAUUGAGGGACCUGCUAUGUCCCCCCAGUCUCCAGACAGCUCUGCAUACAGCCUCCGCUUGAACCUUGCAACAUUGCUCGUAUCUGCUUUCCUUGGUGCACUUUUCUUAUGAGUGAAGCUGAUAAGCUACCCAUGAUUCUUUUAUACCUGUCGCAGGGCAGUGAUUCUGAGAUUGCAGCGGACAGGUGGAUAAAUAUCAGUCCGUGUCUUUGGACAUGCGAUUGAGUGGGAUACCACGUCUAUAGAGCAGGAGGUGUGAUUUAGUGUGCCACCCAGUUGCCUUGUUACUGGCGGUUGAUUUUGUGUCCCAUGUAUUCUUCGCAGUGGGACAAAGUCCCAUUCGCACUCUUUUCACAGAAUGGCAGUGUUCUGGUCCAAUAUUAUUCAGCAAAUUGUUUGGGCUUGAAAAUCCUCUGUAUGUCGAGAAUUGAUCAAUUGAUUUGCCUGAGUGCCA